AUGUUUCGUAAUUUGUUAAUCGUUUUUGCAGCUGCAGUUAUCCUUGGUUUUGGUGGUUCGUCACAAGGAACGCCUACCAACCUCAACGUGAAAUCACCUGGUGAUGAUCAGCGACCCCAACAAGUUAAUAACAUCCAAAAUCAGAUCAACAACUGGGGCCUAGGGAACGAUGACCGUAAAAUGUUGAUGGAGAUGAAAUACAAGAUCGACUCUUUGCAUAAAAAAUCGACAUCUAGAGGUAAUUCGAGGUUUAUCUGUGUUUCUAUUCUUGAGAAGUUACUUUUUGUAACGGCCUAGGGAUUUCGCGAAUUGAAGUCAUGAUAUGAAAGCACACGGAAAUUUAUCCUUAUACUGGUAAAGGUAUUUUAAGGGUGUUGCACGGGCCGUUUUAAUCAAAACUUCAUUCAUACUAUAGGAAGACUCGUCGAUUUAGUGCUCUUCAGAAGUAGGACAAAAUGGGUACCAUUUUGCUGUGAAACGUACAUACCUGUAUACGAAAAAGGGCGGGGUAUCUAUUCUGUAAACAUGAUGAAAGAAAGGGGGAAUGAGUUGGACCUCUAGGCGGAGCCUCUCCAGGUAAAUCUUUGCUGACCACUCCCCCGGGUUUUUUCAAUGGGAAGUGAUGUGUUUAAUCAAGGAUUCUCUUAUAAAAACUUGCCAAACUAUGUCUCGUAAAACUUGUAAAGCAAAAUGUGUCUAACUGAAUUCCUUUUUUUAACAGUUUGCCCUGAAGACGGUUGGGUUAGUUUUGCCAAUAACAGCUAUCUCAUUAUUGACAUCCCAACCUUAAAUUGGUCUCAUGCUCGAAGGAUAUGCCAGAUGAUCGGAGGAGAUCUCGCUAUAAUCAGAUCUGCAGCUGAAAAUGCCUUUAUAUUCAAACUGGUAAUAAAACAGUCAACAGUCCAGGAUUGGGGGGUCUGGCUGGGAUUCGUACGCAAAACCGACAAUAAGUUUUAUUGGAUAGAUGGCGCUGCAAUAGCAAAUGGUUACACGGCUUGGGGGAGGGGCGAGCCGAACAGCGUGCAAGAAAAGUGUGGAAACAUGUUCGGUAAAGGAGGUCGGGCAGGAAAGUGGAACGACAUAUCAUGCUCUCUUGUUUCAGACAACCUGAAGUAUACCCCAGUUAUACUUUGCAAGAAAAAAGCAAACUAAGUGAAAAACUUUCAAAACAGAUUAAAAAGGCCAAAUGUCAACCGAAUAGAAAAGUCCAAUUGAUUUGAGGCGCCUUUCUGAGUAAAGCUAAUGAAGAACGUAAGUGACAAAAAAGCAGAUCAAAACUGACAAGACUUUAGAUCAGCUGAUUAAUUAAGAUAAGGAUCUGCAGUCUCUUCUUUUAAUGUAUAUGGAUUCUCUGCUGGUUUACAGCAAAAAUAAAGAAAAAAAACUAAACAAAACAAAGUCGUCACAAGUCCGGAUGGUAGUGGUAAUGAAACUUGUGGAAACAUGUUUGGCAAGGGUGGCAGACCCGGCAAAUGGAAUGACCUACCAUGCAGUCUGCCAGCAAAAUAUUUGAAGUACCCCUCAGUUAUUCUUUGCAAGAAAAAGCAAACUAAGAGUCUUACGUCCUUAAAGUUCGCUUAUAAAGGCGUCGUUAUUCAGCGUUAUUCAAUGAGCAUUCAUUUCAGUGAUUAGUGCAACUUAAUAAAUAAAAUAAAUAAUAAAUGAUGAUUUGGAACUAGUACAUCCACAAAGUGGUUUCUCGUCUACCUGAUUCCUUGUCGAAUUGGAAUUUGGAAAUGUUGGUUUUGGAGGAGAGGGGAAAACCAGAGUACCCGGAGAAAAACCUCUCGAAGCAAGGAAGAGAACCAACAACAAACUCAACGCACAUAUGGCGCGACGCUGGGAUUUGAACCCGGGCCAAAUAGGCCAUUUGCAUGAUGGCGUCAUUUUACUAAUAUAACCAGAAUCCUUUUCGUUUUUUCUUUCAUAUUUAAAUUCGGUUAUCCCAGCGAGGAUUAAAUAACAAAAGCCCUAAUUUGCUCAAGAAAACAAAAUUCUGAAGGAUUCUAGCCGUGGUAGUUAAAUGACGUCAUCGUGCAAAUGCCCUAUUUAUGUGAGGCGAGCACCACUGCGCCAUCCCUUGCCCCAAAACUUUUAGUAACGCUAUAAAACUUUGGUGUGUUUCUUUACUAAAAUCCAAUUAGGUGAGAUCAUGAAUGGAAUUUUAAGGAUUAUUACUGAGUUAAGAAAGGAAAUAAUGUGCCUUAAGAUCAGACAUGAUCAGAUGGAUCAUCUACCACUGAAUCAGUCUUUCCAUAGCUACGGACAACAAUAUCAACAAAAUCCAAGCGAAAAACAACAAAGUCGCUGAGAAUGUACCCUUCGUAAAAGUCGCUUCAGUGUCGCUUUCGUUUUCUUUAAGCCAAGCGUGAGAUUAUGCGAAAGGGGCGCGCGGUUAAAGGAGCAGAUUCAAAAGAGCGGGGAAGCGAUGGAGAGGGCUAUUGUUUUGCUGCUUUUUGCCCAACGCCCUGGCGAGUCUUUCGUGCUUUCCAAACUUGGAAAACUACUGCUACGUAGCCUACUGAUAAUGCUGCGAUUUUCCUGGUCUUUCAUAGAACUUCAGGGUGAUAAGCUUAAUGAAAUAGCCAUCUGAGGAGAUGAGUCUUGCGGCAGUUAUGAUACAUACUGGAAGAGCAAUGCCAUAAUGUAAGGAGGGCUGGUGGAGCUUAAUAUUUAGAGGAAUGUGAGUCAUGUUUCUCCUGUCACUUAAGGCUUUGAACCCUCUCGCCUUUAAAUUCUCAUUUGUUGUCCGCGUACUUUUCUUAUAGAAGUAGUGAAGAGAAUUUGUUCAAGUAUCAAGGAUAUAAUUCACCUUUUGUGAUUUAAUUCUCAGGACUACUGUGUUUUUAAAAUAAAGCAAUGACAUUACAAGGCGAAAUUUUAAGCUGAUCACUCUUGUGGGGCCUAUGGGGUUAACAUAACUCCCGCUAUGAGAAAACUGAUAAAACCGAUUGCGCGGGUGCUUAAUAGAUGCUUUGCUUUCCAAACUUACCAUGGAGAUGUGUAAAGAAAGUCGAAUAGAUCUAUCUAUGUAUUAAAAUUGUUGCGACUUACUUCUGGCUAUAAUAGCAAAGCCAAACGUACAAUAUUAAUUUUAAAAUGAUAGGCGAAUAAGUGAGAUAUAGCCUACAUCAGCGGAUACGGCCGGAAAAGCUUCAGAUAAAAUAGCCAGAUCCGGCAUGGCCAGAUCAAUUGGCCAAGAUUAAUCAGAUCCGUUCUUGGAUUUUAAUAGGAGCGACGAAAUCUCCGUUUUUAAAUUAAAUAAUGAGAACUUGGGGUUUAGAAAGAAGCAAAACUGAUUGAAAGGUAGGGAUGAGGAAGCCCACUUCUUGUAUACUAAUCGGAGAAUUGUUGGUAGAAUUACGCUGGAAUAUAAAUACAAAUUAAUAAUAAACUGGCGGUAAAAUAUCGAAAUAAAAAUCUUCCCAUCGUACCAUUUUCUCUUUUGAAGGUUUGAAUUCGCUUUGCUCUUAACGAGUGAAAACUGGAAACAAUAUGCGGCCACAAAGCUUCUUGGGAUUGUUUGGAAAAACAGCAUGAAGGUCACUGACAAACAUGACGCGCUGCAAGUGCGGUGUUCUUAGCUGCACUAAUAGUUUCAGAUAUUCAAAUAAAUUUUUACUUUUACAGAAUUCCUUAAGACCCUCAUGCACCAGCUUUGUGUGUCCUCUUUAGUUGGAAUAUAUUCUUUAGUCAGAAUAACCUUUUGUGCGUCUUUAACAGGUGGCAUCCCGUAUCAACAAGGAAUGAAAGCGAAGGUCCAAAACCUGUGGUCUCUAAAUUUCUCAGGCGAUUGGCGAAAGGAAAAGUUAUGGAAGUUCGUCAACAUGCCUCCCAAAUUAACCCCACAGUUAUCGACUUGUCUGAUAUCGAGCGUUGUGACGUAAGAAUCUUCGAUCAUCCCUGGGGGGUACUCCUGGGAAUUCUCGGUGGGAGUGUGCCGCCCGGUUCUUCAAAUCCUGACCCGAUUUCAGACCAAAAAAUGCCAUUUCCCACACCCGUUUUCAGACUAGACCUCUAAAAUCCAUGCCCAUUUUUAAACCUGGCCUUUAGGCAGCAAUUAUGUUAUCAUUACUUAGAUUAGAGCGUAAACAAAAAAUUAUUCAAAUCCAUUUCGAAUUCGCAUAUUUCUCUUUCUUUCUUACUCAUUUGGAAUUGAAACGAUAAAUAGGUUCAUAGACUCCGCAGUUCCCUCGAAAACUAUACCCGAUUCCCGACCAAAAUGGGCAAAGUGUUUCAGACCAAAACGGCGCAAAACCUUACCCAAUGGGGCGGAACAUACCUAUAUGGCUUAUAUUUAACAAUUAUUCCACGAGGGCGCGUUGGAUAUGAGAUGAUAGAUAGCCAACGAGGCGCAUAGCGCCGAGUUGGCUAUAAUCAUUUCAUAUCCAACAAGCCCGAGUGGAAUAAUUGUUUUAUUAAAAACGCCCACAAAAUCUCGUUGAAUCGCCCCGACUAGAACAAACCGGAAAAGACAAGGGACUUCCGCUAUUGACAUGUCACACGUCUAUCAAAACUGUCAACGCGCGAACCGGGCUCGCCUAGACUGCAUGAAUGAAAAAUCAAAACAUUGUGCGAUGAACAUUAGUUUUUUAAAAACUCAUCGUGAUUCUAGGAUUUUACACAGCAGAACAGCUUAAAAAACCUGGCAGAUAAUGUGAAGGAAAGGAAUUUUUAAGUGACAGCCGUCGAAAUUACUAUGAAUUUGGAUUUUCGGUGCAGUUAUAAAAGAAAAGAACAACGGAGAAAAACUACCGGUAUUACUUCGGUCGCUUGUUAUGAAGUUGUUUGAAGCCACAAGCUGGUUUUGCUCAACGAGAAAAGAAGCUAUACUGCCGCCUCGAUUGCUCUAGUGAAUGGCAGCAUAGCCUGUAUUUGUAGCUGGUUACUUGUGAUUUAUAUUCUUGAUGUCGGAUAAACAAGCUGCAGUUAUCUAUCGGCGAGUGACUCGAUCGGCGAAUGGCUUCGCGAUCAUGAAGAAACAACACUUGUCUUCUUUCGUAGCUGGUCAAGGUACUUUAGUUCCAUGUGUUUUCAUGUGUUUUUCCACAAACUUUCAAACAAGCUCUUGUGGCUUUUUUGUUUGUUUUUGUCUUUUUUCUUUCGAUGAAAUUGCAUUUCUAGUAUUCUAAGAAAUGAAUUAAAACGAUUUGCUUCGGGCGCCGUUCUAUCCUUCGCGAAAAAAAAUCUCAGCUAGCUUCCAAUUUUAAACUGACGCGUACACCGACCAUAUAUGGAGAACAUGGUAUAUUAGCUCAUAUACCAUAACGGCUAAGCCAAUCAAAAUGCUAGAAUUGCAUUAUCCAAUGAUUUAGUUUUUAAUAAAAGGGAGUAACCCCCGAAUCAUCUUACUCCGAAGAAGCGGAACCUUUAUUUGAGGCGAAGAUUUUCAAUUUAGCGGAAUCAUUAUUGCUUUAGCUGGGCUAAAAACUUCAACUGAUAACGCUGAUCGCUUGCUGAACGCAAGUCUUUCCUCAGGGCGCCCGCACAAUGUGCGUGUGUGCCAAUAGGACAAUUGCACGAUGACGUCAUUUUACUACAACUACCAGAAUCCUUUAGUUUGUUGUUUUCUUGUGCAAAUUAAGGCUAUUGUUCUUUAAUCCUCAGCGGGAUUGACAAAUUUAAAUAACAAAGCAAAACCGAAAUGAAUUCUGGUAGUUGUAGUCAAAUAUCGUCAUCGUGCAAUUGUCCAAUUGUUAUUUUAUGGUAAAUGUACUGGAUUUACUGUUUGCUUCACCUACAGCGAUAUAUCGCUAAGUAUGUCUAUAAAUCAAUAUUAAAUAAACGUUGAAUUACCUUACCUGUGGUAUAUUGUCGUCCUUUUGCCUCAAAAGCGGUUUUUUGAGCGAUUUUGAAGGAUUCUGAGUUAAAGUGCUACUACGAUCAAAUCUUUGACUACCAUGCUUUGUGACGUCAUUUACUUAACGCAGUACACACAGCAUGACAAUUUUCUUCCAAGAACCCUGCUCAACAAUGUUCCCUUUUCUCCCACUUCGAUGCGUUCUUGUUUAGGAAGACUCUUUCGAUCUUACUACAUUAGGCUCCGUAUGUGUGCAGCAACCGCUUCAAUCGAUAGAAUUGAGCUGCACGCGAGUCUGACCAACUGAAUGUGAGAUUCGAGGAAUAGGUUUGUUUCCAGCUGACAGUUUCGCUGUUUUCUCGGUUUGAUAACUUCGAAGAGUGCUGCAAUAGCAUUUACGGGGCUUUCAACGGAAACCAGUGGCGGAAACAUAAACUUGGAUCGUUUGCUAGCAUAUGGAAGAAAAAUCAAUUGACAGAUCUUGAAUCCGGAAAGAAAUCUUCGCAUAAAGAGGGAGCGCAUGGAGGUAACCUUACAGUUCGCAAAACUGGCAGUGAAUGUCCCUAACGCUAAGUUUAUUUAUAUCGCCGGUGGUGAUUUUUGCUUUUACUACUGGCGAAGUUAUCGAAGAUAAAUUUUUUCUGAGACCUUUCUUCGACUGGAACGCGACGACUACGAAACUUUUAGGAAACUUUCAAAAAUUAAAGAUUUACCCUAAGGCAACAGAUCACAGAGAGUCCUCUAGAUUUGUAAACACUAUUAUUGCUCACACCUUGCUCUUGUAGGGUACUAUUUUUUCUGUUACCACUAUUAACAUUCCUUUGAGCUUUUAUAAAAAGCUUUAAAGCUCUAUUUGUAAAUUUUUAUUAUAAAAUAUUAAAAUCUAUCAGGAUCAUGGUGCAAUCUGAAUGGUAUGAUAUUUUAAUAUACAGUAAAUUCCUUAGUAUUUCCAACAUUCUGGUCGCCAUAACCCUCACUAAACAAAAGGUAUGCUUUUUUCAAUUUUAGUCUUCCCAAAACUCAGAGCCUGAUUUAAACUGCGCAGACACAUUGUCAGUUCUAACCACAAGCUAAAGCGAGAGAGCCCACACAAGUUUAAUGCAAAAACUGUUUUUGCAAUUUUGUAAAAUACAGCAAGAUUUCUUACCAUUUACUGAUGUGGUCUUUAAAAUAAAAUUGUGAUCCUAUCCUGAAUGUUGUGUAUUGUUAUUCUUUUGAGUGAAUAACGAAAAGUUUUGCAAUCUCGCAUUGAAUACUUAUAAUAAUUAUAAUUAUAGUAUAUCAUAAUUUGCGAUGUAAACUCCAACACUUGGGCACUCAUGCACUGAAUCACUGAAGUGAUGUGACUGACAGAUUGCAAGUUAAAAAUGAAUAAUCACCAAGGCUUGGUCACUGAAAUAUUUGCUGCAACUGAGGGUUAUGUACAUGUAUGAGAUAGUUUCAUGGCCCCUGCUCAUCACUGCUGCUUUAUGUUUCACUACUCAAGGUUGUGCUCUACCAGCACCCAGUUGGCCCAUGGUGCUUAACUAUUGUUCCGGGGCAACUAGGAAAUUUUUUCAUAGAAAUCAUGUGCUGGGCACUCAGGAUUUCACGGGUCCGGAGCACUGGGCUCCUUUCAAUUUUUCUUAGAGUACAGCCUUGCUACUUCAAAAAACCUCUGUGUAUCUUUUAAUAUGGGAUAGACUAAUGUUAUUCCUAUA